AAUAAAAAAAAAAAUAAAAAAAUAUUAUCUGAUUUAUGUAGUUUUUAAACAUGAAAUGCAAACUAUCGUAUGGGAAAGAGCUAAGAUGGGACUACCAAUUUCUAAGGAAAAAAUGUAAGGAGGUGGGUAUAGAAGACGAAUUCCAUUAUCACCAGAUGCGUCUUCGGGCCAACAACGUGUACGUGUUUCAGGCGUUGCAUGCAUUUCUCACACUUUUUCAUUGCGGUCUUCUGAUAGCAACAUGCAUGUAAUUUUGUUCGUCGACACAGCAUCUGGAAUUAGUAUACAUGGAUAUGAUCUGCUAUAUGGUAUCUACUGUUAUCGUUAUUUUAGCUAUGUGGGUCAAUGUAAAUGUGAAGCUUGGGCUGAAACAUAAGUGGUUAAAAUACGUUACAUCUACAACUGCCGCGCUGUGUGUUCUUCUUGUAGAUAUGGGAACUAAUUUUUACCAUGAACAUUUCGAUGAUUGGGCCUUGGGGACAUUUUUUGACACCUACAUAAUAAUAAUGAUAUAUAUGUUUUUCCCUAUUCCGGAUAUACCACCAGCAAUGGGACUUGCAGCUAUUAUGUCUGCAAUGUAUAUUAUUUAUUAUGUAGUAUUUUUAGGCAGCUUAGGUUUAGGUGAACAUUCACGAUUUGGCGAAACUAUCGAAAUUCUUUUCUAUUAUAUUUCCCUAAAUAUGAUGUGCACCUACUUUUUGAUAAUGCGCGAGAUUGUUGUCCGCGCCUCGUUCCUUGAUCGACAUCAGUAUGUAAUGGAAGAUAUUGCGCUAAGGAGCGCUCGUGCGACGGAAAGAAUAUUCCUGCAUACCAUAUUACCGCCGCAAAUAGCCCAACCAAUUCAAGAUGAAAUUCAAAAUCGGAUUAAGAUCGCUCAGAAGCAUCACGAUCUGCCCUCUAAUAAUAAAAGAGAUCGAGUAAUUGCCAUUCAAAUGCAUCCCAACGUCAGUAUUCUGUAUGCGGAUAUAGUUAACUACACCCACUUGACGACAACCUUAUCCGUUAAGGAGCUGGUCACUUUGCUGCACGAGCUGUAUGCCAGAUUCGAUAACGCUGCCUCUCGGUACGCUGUGCAACGAAUCAAAUUCUUAGGCGACUGCUACUACUGUGUGGCGGGGUUGAUAAAACCAGAUCCCGCUCAUGCCAUAUGCUGCGUUAAACUGGGACUCUGUAUGAUCGAUAUUAUUCGGGAAGUGCGAGACGAGGUCCAAAUUGGCAUAGACAUACGUGUUGGUGUGCACUCGGGAAGUUUGUUUGCAGGAGUUCUUGGGUCAACGAAGCUGCAAUAUGACAUUUGGGGUCAAGAUGUGUUAAUUGCGAACAAAUUAGAAGCAACCGGAAUGCCUGGUCAAGUUCAUGUCAGUGAGAGAACUCUCCAAAUGAUUAAAAAUAUGUAUGAAGUAUAUCCUGGCUCUGAGGCCGCACGUGAAGAUGCGUACCUUCAAAAGCACAAUAUUAUCACCUACCUCAUAAUUAGUAUAAAUGAUAAAGGAAAAGGAACCGAGCUCGAUAGUGAGUCCAAUGAUUCCUUCAAUGUUAUUCAGCAUCAGGAAUCAAGUUCUGGACUACUGUUAAGUGAAGAAUUGAAAAAAAUGCCCCUUGGUCCCAAUGGAUUUUCCCUGCUUUUCGGUAAACUCUUUAAUUUAAAGAACCACCAAGAAUUACCUAGUAUGUCCCGUGUAGAAAUCGGAACUUUUUUCUUAAAUUUUCGAAAUCCUGCACUGGAAUAUAACUAUUUACAUCAGCCCGACUACAUGUUCAAAUAUAGUGUACUUCUAGCUUGGUGUUGCGCUAUGAGUCUCAUAUACCUGCAUCUGGUUGUUGACGAUAAGCACAAUUCCAGCGGCUUCUAUUUCGACAUUCUGACAUUCGUCACAUUAUCAUUGAUACUACUGUUGGCUUGGUAUAAGAAGAUCUGCUUUUGGCGUUAUUCUAUGCACUACCACAACUACUCCCCUCUUAGCUGCACCAUAUUUCGUAUGGUAGACAAUUUACAGUGCAGUCUCUUCAAGAGGAUCACUGUCUAUAUUUACUUUAUGAUAACGUAUAUUCUAAUCGUAUAUAUGAUACUGGAUGACUGUAAUAAGGCAGAAUUUCAGCUAGCGUUAAUUGAAAGUAUACUGUAUAAAUAUGACCAAGAUUGCAAAUGCUUCCCUCCGUGGCAACUCACCUGUUCAGUGGUCCUUAUCAUUUUCAUGACUAUUAUAUUUACUCGUAUUCCAUUCACCAUGAAAAUAAUAGUGAGCCUAUUUAUAAGCGUCAUCUAUUCAAGCAUCUUCCUUUAUCAAUUCGAUGACGUAAUUAACGAUGGCGGGACAACCAAUCCUUAUUUUCCAGCCGAAUACGCGCAUUUAAUAAUGAUUAUAUUUACUAUAUGCACUUUGUAUCUCCAGGAGCGACAGGCUGAGUUUAAUAACAAAAUCAAUUACAAAUGGAGGGAGGAGCUGUUGAAAAAACAGGAAGAUGCUCGCAUAACCGAUCAGUCUAUAACUAUUCUAUUACAUAACAUCUUGCCGGCCCAUGUUGUGAACGUCUAUCUGACCUCUGUGGCCAAGUGCGAACUUUACUAUGAGGACUAUGAAAUGGUGGCCGUCAUGUUCGCUUCGCUUCAAAAUUUUGAUUUGACGUUGCCCAACUUGCAUAUCCUCAACGACAUUAUUGUCCAAUUUGAUCAAAUCUUGUAUUUUUAUAGAGACGACAAUUUAGUAGAAAAGAUAAAGAUUGUCGGCUGUACAUAUAUGGCAGCCUGUGGCCUGGAUCUACGGUUCUCCUCGCUGAUAAGCGAUGAAACUGGUAUCGGCGACUCUGUUUUUCAGGAGAUCCACCGGGGACGUGUCUCGGCGGAGUCUACCCAAAGGGGAAAUUAUACAUUGACUGAGAAAAGGGAGGAAGUGGUAUUAGUGCUAACCACCUUUGCAUUGGACCUAAUGAGAACGCUGUGGGUGUGCAAGAAUAAUUAUAUGAACCUUUCAAUCGAUCGUGCUGUAUUUAACGCCGACAUAAGCAUUGGUAUAUCCUGUGGAGAGGUGAUGGCCGGGGUAGUGGGCGCCUCGCAGGUGCAUUACGAUAUCUGGGGUAAUGCUGUCAACAUGGCCUCGCGAAUGGACUCCACCGGCGUCGCUGGAGAAAUACAAGUAACCGAGGAGACGGCCGUUAUUCUGUCCAAAUAUGGGAUAGAAUGUAAUUACCGCGGCAUGACAUUCGUUAAGGGGCUCGGCAUGCUGCCGACGUAUUUCGUAGGCAUCACUAGUUCCUUCGAAUUCGUAUAUAUCGGAGAGAAAAGUCUAAUGUCGAAUUCAUCAAAUCCUCACUCUAGCGAAGCCUCUACAUAAUCAUCCGAUAUGGAUCAAAAGCAAAAAAAGCCUCUUCGCUAUUAAGCUGCUCCUACCGUGUUAAACUAGAGAAU